CACCAGUGACGGGAACGUGCAUGUGUUGUGAAACAGCCCGAGACAGACAAGCGCGUAAUUAUCACACAGUUUGUUUUAAUAAGAGUAAAUCAAGAUACAUAUAAUCAUAGACCGCGCGAGCUUGUUUCCGUAGCAGAGCGACCCUCACGAGGCGACAAAUGAUACGAUGGAGAAUUUAGAACUGAGCCUGCCAUCACUGGGUACCAUAUCCAGACAUGUUGACAAAAGUCACAACGAACUGUCCCAAUAUCUAUCAAAACAGAUAUGGAGCCAGCAGGACAGGCAGUGUAUUCUGGACUGUGUGUCUCAGCUGCUGCUGGAGAAGGACUAUACUUUACUGAUUGCUCGACAUCUGAGGCCCCUGGUGUUGGACCUUUUGGAGCGAAACGCAGAGAGGGUCAAAGCUGGGGGCCGGAUCAACCAUGACCUCCACGAGCGCCUGUGUGUGGCCCUCAGCAAACUGCUCGGCAUCAGCCCUGAUGCUCAGGCGUUUGCUGCCAGGUACUUCAACAAUGCCCCCCCAGUGUUUCAGAGGCUCUUCUUCACCAGUGAAGAGGCGUCGGCUGUUCAGUACGGCCCGCGGAGGAUGAAGCUGCGGGACCUCAUGGGGGCCACCUUGCGCUUCCUCCAGAGUGACUGUGCCAAGUUCCGGAUGCUGUGGGACUGGAGCCCCUGCGUGUCCCAGCUGCUCACCAGUGAUGUCAUGGUGCGAGGGUACACAGCCCAGUGUUUAGCGCUGGUCUCUCAUAUGACUGAUAAUCAGAAAACCAUCUUCCAGAGGAAAGUGCUGACCAGUGAUGAGAUCCUGCACAUGAAACUCAAAUCUUUGGAAGAAAGCCAGCAGCUGGAGGUAGAGAAAGCUCUGGUGUUAGCCAAUCAGGGCUCUGUGGUGUGGCGCCAGGAGAAAGCCAAUAAGUUCACCAGAGGCCAGGUGGUGUCAGAGGACCUCUCCCAGAACGUGGUGGCAGUUUGCGGCGUCAUCCUUCCCAGGAUAGCUCCUCGACUGCCUGAACAGAGGAACCAAAAGGAUCUGGUGCUGGUGGACUCAACGUGCCGGAAUCUGAGGAGACUGGCUCUGGCCGUGGCUUCCCAGAAGCCUGUGCUGCUCGAAGGUCCCAUUGGCUGUGGAAAAACUGCCCUGGUGGAGUUCAUGGCUGCCGUCACAGGACACACAAAAGCUACAGACAUCCUGAAGGUGCAGCUCGGGGAUCAGACCGACAGCAAGAUGCUGCUGGGGAUGUACCGCUGCACUGAUAUCCCGGGGAAGUUUGUGUGGCAGCCCGGGACGCUGACUCAGGCUGUCUCUAAAGGCCAGUGGAUCCUCCUGGAGGACAUCGACCACGCGCCUCUGGAUGUGAUCUCCGUGCUCCUGCCUCUGAUGGAGAAUAAGAAGCUGAUGAUUCCCGGACGGGAGGACUGCAUCGACGUCGCUCCUGGGUUUCUGUUCUUUGCAACAAGAAGGAUGUACUACAGCGGGGGCAGUUGGCACAAACCACAGAACUCUCACGCUGCGCUGCUGGACAAAUACUGGACCAAGCUGCAGAUGGGGAACAUGCCCAGAGAAGAGCUGAAGAAGGUUCUGGUGGGCCGGUACCCUCAGCUGACCGUGGUGUCCGAGCGGCUGCUGGACAUCUACUGCCAGCUGACCGGGGAGAGACACAGGGACAGCAGCAGCCUGCAGACCCCCGAGGACAGCCCGCAGCAUAGCGAGGACCGGAGCACGCUGGAGGGGAGGGCCCUAUCCCUGAGGGACCUGCUGAAGUGGUGUGAGCGGAUCAGUGUUAACUUCGACAGCACCUCUUCAGCCACAGCACAGAACGUCUUCCAGGAGGCUCUGGACUGCUUCACUGCCAUGCUGUCCCGUCCUGAAGGCCGCCUGCGAAUGGCCGAGAUCAUUGGAAGCAAGCUGAACAUCUCCAAAGAGAAGGCCCAGCACUUCUGCCAGAUGUACCAGCCGGGCAUCUCUGUGAGCGAGGUGGGGGUGUCAGUGGGGAGAGUGACUCUGUGUCGGAAGCAGACGGAGGCGGUGCAGCUCAGUGUGGACAGCCAGACGUUUGCUGCCACGCGGCCCUCUGCCGUGCUGCUGGAGCAGUUAGCGGUGUGUGUGGCUAAAGGGGAGCCGGUGCUGCUGGUGGGGGAGACGGGGACAGGGAAGACCUCCACUGUGCAGCACCUGACCAGAGUCACAGGACACAGGCUGCGGGUGGUGAACAUGAACCAGCAAAGUGACACCGCUGACCUGCUCGGAGGGUACAAGCCAGUAGACCACAAGCAGAUCCUGCUCCCUCUGCGUGAGGCCUUCGAGGACCUGUUCUCGCAGACGUACUCCAGGAAGCAGAACCUGAGCUUCCUGGGCCACGUGCAGACCUGCUUCAGAGGGAAGCGCUGGCAGGACCUGCUCAAACUCAUGGACCACGUCUGCAAGUCUGCCGUCACCGAGGAGCUGCAGAAGAAGCCCAAUGCCGCUCAGCUGCAGGAGCAGUGGGAGGCUCUGGCUGCUAAGCUGAACCAGACCCAGCAGCAGAUCCGAGCCUGCGAGGCGGCCAUGGUGUUUGCAUUUGUGGAGGGGACGCUGGCUCAGGCGGUGAAGAAGGGCCACUGGAUCCUGCUGGAUGAGAUCAACCUGGCAGCAGCUGAGACUCUGGAGUGUCUGAGCGGGCUGCUGGAGGGCAGCGCCGGCUCCCUGGUGCUGCUGGACCGAGGAGACACCGAGCCCCUGGUCCGGCACCCAGACUUCCGGCUCUUCGCCUGCAUGAACCCAGCCACUGACGUGGGGAAGAGGAACCUCCCUCUGGGCCUCAGGAACAGGUUCACUGAGCUGUAUGUGGAGGAGCUGGAGAAUGAGGGCGACCUGCGGAUUCUGGUUUCAGACUACCUGAAGGGCUUGAAUCCACACCGGAACAUCAUCAGCGGCAUCAUAAGUUUUUACCUGGCAGUGCGAAAGGAGGCCCACUCCCACCUGGUGGACGGGACGGGCCACAGACCCCACUACAGCCUGCGGACCCUGUGCAGGGCGCUGAAGUACGUGGCAGCAAACCCCUGCUGCAGCGUGCAGCGCUCACUCUAUGAGGGUUUCUGCCUGAGCUUCCUGACGCAGCUGGACAGAAGCUCCCACCCUGUGGUCCAGAAACUGGUGUGUCAGCACAUCCUGAUGGGGAACACCAAGUGUCUCAAACAAUCCAUCCCGGCGCCCUCAGACCGGCCCUGCGUGGAUGUGGAGGGGUACUGGGUGUCUCAGGGGGAGAUGGAGCCGGCUCUGGACCCAAGCUACAUCCUGACCGCAUCAGUCAAGCUGAACCUCCGCGACCUCUCCAGAGUGGUGUCUGCAGGCACUCACCCGGUGCUGAUCCAGGGGGAGACGUCUGUGGGGAAGACCAGCCUGAUCCACUGGCUGGCUGCAGCCACGGGGAACCAGUGUGUGAGGAUCAACAACCACGAGCACACCGACAUCCAGGAGUACAUCGGCUGCUACUCCUCCGACAGCAGGGGCAAGCUGGUGUUCAAAGAGGGCGUUCUGAUAGACGCCAUGAGGAAAGGCUACUGGAUCAUCCUGGACGAGCUGAACCUGGCCCCCACGGACGUGCUGGAAGCCCUCAACAGGCUGCUGGACGACAACAGGGAGCUGUUUGUGGCCGAGACACAGGAAGUCAUCAAGGCUCACCCCAGGUUCCUGCUGUUCGCUACCCAGAAUCCCCCUGGACUCUACGGCGGUAGAAAGGUGCUCUCCAGGGCCUUCAGGAACCGCUUCGUGGAGCUGCACUUUGACGAGCUGCCCAGUGCAGAGCUGGAGACCAUCCUCCACCAGAGGUGCAGCCUGCCUCCGUCCUACUGCAGCAAGCUGGUGAAGGUCAUGCAGGACCUGCAGUCCUUACGCAGGGGCUCUACAGUGUUUGCGGGGAAACACGGCUUCAUCACGCUCAGAGACCUGUUCCGCUGGGCCGACCGGUACCGGCUGCAGGAGCAGACCGACGCCUCGCAGGACUGGCUGCAGUACCUGGCCGACGAUGGGUUCAUGCUGCUGGCAGGGCGGGUGAGGAAGCCGGAGGAGGAGGCCAUCAUCCUGUCCACCCUGCAGAAGCACUUCAAGAGGACGGUGAACCCUGAGAGCCUGUUCUCCCAGAAACAGGUCACCGCACAGUUCAGUCCCUUCAUCGACAGCAUCGCCGGGGUCCCAGAGGAGUUUCGCCAUGUGGUGUGGACCCUCGGCAUGAGGAGACUAGCUGUGCUGGUGGGACGGGCGCUGAGAUUCGGAGAGUCUGUCCUGCUGGUGGGAGACACCGGAUGUGGAAAGACAACUAUCUGCCAGCUGUUUGCUGCUCUGUCUGCACAGAAGUUCUUCUCUGUCAACUGUCACCUCCACAUGGAGACAUCGGACUUCCUGGGAGGCCUGCGACCCGUCAGACAUCAGACUGAUGGGGAGGACUGCAGGCUGUUCCAGUGGCUUGAUGGGCCCCUGGUGCUGGCCAUGAAGGAGGGGGGGGUGUUCCUCAUGGAUGAGAUCUCCCUGGCAGACGACUCAGUGCUGGAGAGACUCAACAGUGUCUUAGAGACAGAGAAGUCCCUGGUGCUGGCGGAGAAGGGCAGCGGAGACAAUGACGACGUGGAGCUGAUCAAAGCAGCUGCAGCUUUCCGUCUGGUGGCCACCAUGAAUCCUGGAGGAGACUUUGGCAAGAAGGAGCUCUCUCCUGCCCUAAGGAACCGUUUCACAGAGAUCUGGUGUCCUCAGAGCAACAGCCGCAGUGACCUGGUUCAGAUCAUCCAGCACAACCUGCGCUCAGGCCUCUCCAUCGACGGCGGCGAUAUCGCGGAGCUGAUGCUGGACUUCAUCGAGUGGCUGACUCAGCAGGACUUCGGCCGGCGCUGCAUCCUGAGUGUCAGAGACAUCCUGUCCUGGGUGUACUUCCUGAACGUUGUGUGUGAGCGGGACGAGGACGGCUUCAUGACCAUGGGAGCCCUGGAAGAGGAAGAGGAGGCAGAGUGGGACCUCAGACUGGACACCGUGACCGCCUUCAUCCACGCAGCAUGUCUGGUGUACAUCGACGGCAUUGGCUCUGGAACCACGGUGUCCUCUGCAGACAACGCCUUCCUGGCUCGCCGACUGUGCCUGGGCUUCCUGCAGCAGCGGCUGAGCAGCAUGACCAAACUGGACCAGGAGGUGCUGGACGCCCUGAGGGUGUACGACAGCGGCCUGCCGCGGCAACCCCAGUGGGGGGAAGACUUCUUUGGCAUCGACCCCUUCUACAUUGCUUUAGGCCCUCAGACGGAGAGCCGGGACCUGCCGGACUACGCCAUGGCAGCUGGCACCACGGCGGUGAACGCUCAGAGGCUCCUGCGGGCUCUGAAGCUGCAGAGGCCCGUGCUGCUGGAGGGCUCCCCCGGCGUGGGGAAGACCAGCCUGGUGGCAGCGCUGGCUAAAGCCUCAGGGAACCAUCUGGUCAGAAUCAACUUGUCGGAGCAGACGGAUGUUACGGAUUUGUUUGGGACAGAUCUCCCUGUGGAGGGAGGAAAGGGGGGAGAGUUUGCGUGGCGCGAUGGCCCCCUGCUGGCUGCUCUGAAGGCUGGACACUGGGUGGUCCUGGACGAGCUGAACCUGGCCUCCCAGUCGGUGUUGGAGGGUCUGAACGCCUGUUUCGACCACCGAGCAGAGAUCUACAUCCCUGAGCUGGGCAUGAGCUUCCAGGUUCAGCCGGAGAAGACCAAGAUCUUCGGCUGCCAGAACCCCUUCACUCAGGGGGGGGGGCGGAAGGGGCUGCCCAAGUCCUUCCUCAACAGAUUCACCCAGGUGUUUGUGGACCAACUCACAAGCAAAGACAUGGAGUUCAUCGGAGACUCCAUCUUCACCAGCAUCGAUAAGGAGAUCAUAGCUAAGAUGGUGGAGUUCAGUAACAGGCUGGUCCAGGAGGUGUGUGUGGAGCGGCGCUGGGGUCAGAAGGGAAGUCCCUGGGAGUUCAACCUGCGCGACUUGUUCCGCUGGUGUGAGCUGAUGCAGGCCGACCAGUCUCCAGGGUUCUUCAACCCCGGGCAGCAUGUAGCCCUGGUGUUUGCUGACAGGAUGAGAGCGGAGGCUGACAAGGCUCAGGUUCUGUCGGUGUUCAGGAAGGUGUUCGGGGAGGACUCUGAGCCGUACAGCGGCUCCCGGCAGUUCCACAUCACUCCUCUCAACCUGCAGGUGGGCUUCUCCGUCCUGCAGCGCAUCGGUGGGGCCCCUGUGGCCCUGGAUCCCCCCCUGUCCAUCACACACCAGGUGCUGCGGCCCCUGGAGUCCCUGAUGAAGUGUGUGGAGAUGGGCUGGAUGACCAUACUGGUGGGCCCCACAGCCAGCGGGAAGACCAGCCUGGCCCGCCUGCUGGCUCUGCUGACGGGACACCGCCUCAGGGUGCUGGCCAUGAACAGCGCCAUGGACACCACGGAGCUGCUGGGGGGGUUCGAACAGGUUGAUAUCAUGCGGCCAUGGCAACAAGUUCUGGAGAGCGUGGACUACAUAGUUGCUAUGGUGAUAAGGCGUGGCCUGAUGUCGCUGGAUGUGGGAAUCCAGGACACGGAGUUCCUGCUGCAGACCUGGGGUCUGUUCUGCCACUGGCUGAAGGAGGAGAGGCAGCAGAGGACGGGGGGGACCAUCAACUCAGAGGCUCUGAACAAGCUGGAGGUCAUCAUCCUGCUGCUGCAGAAACUCAACACAAAGCUCAAAGUGUUCACUGACAUGUCCAAACUGCAGCUGGACUUCACGCUGCUGAAGGAGCGCCUGGCUCAGCUGGAGGACGGCUGGACCAACGGAGGCUUCGAGUGGCUGGACGGGAUGCUGGUCCAGGCCCUUCAGGCCGGGGACUGGCUGCUCAUGGACAACGUCAACUUCUGCAGUGCCUCCGUCCUGGAUCGCCUCAAUGCUCUGCUGGAGCCCGGUGGAUCUCUCACCAUCAACGAACGAGGCGUCAUAGACGGGAAGACCCCCAAAAUCACACCUCAUCCUAACUUCAGGUUGUUCCUCACCAUGGAUCCUGUUCAUGGGGAGCUCUCCAGAGCCAUGAGGAACAGAGGGGUGGAGAUAUACAUCCCAGGGGAACAUGAGGGGGUCUGCUGGGACACACUGGACCUGAAGACCCUGCUUCACACUGCGGGGGUGACCGGGGACUGUGUGUGUGAUCUGCUAAUAGGAAUACAUAAAAGUAUCAAAACCGCCAUUUGGGAUUCCCCGGCCUCCUCAGUGGCAUCCCUCCUCCAUGCGGCCUCCCUGCUGUCUUGCCAGCUGCAGAGAGGCGUGGAUCUACCCAGCGCCCUGCAGCAUGCCUGUGGAGAGGCCUACUCUCAGUGCCAGCGCACCAACACCAACCAAAAGCAAGCCCAGCUGCUGAUAGAGCAGCAGCUGGCCAUCCUGGACACAGAGGACUGGGGGAGUGGGCUGCUGUGUGCGGGGGUCUGGCCCGACGGCUUCCCCUCCGCCCUCCUCUCCACCGAGGACUCCUGCUUCUCCGCUGUCCUCCGAGACGGACAGGUCCUCUCAUUCUGCCUGAACACCCUCAGCCUGCAGGGCAAACGGAGCCGUCCCCUGAGCCUGAGUGACCUGCGCAGGGCCCUGCAGGGCAGCGGGGUCCAUGAAGGCCUGAGUUUCUCCGGGGGGGUGGUGGAUCUGGCGGAGGGAGACGCUCUGAGGCUGAUCCCCACCGCAGUGAGGCUGCUCACUGAGAGGGCCUCUCACGGGGACUGGAUCCUCCGCAGCAGCUGGCUCUCACACCUGGGGAAGAGCUACAAGCAGGCCCCCGACCCAGUUCUGGUGCAGGUGGAGGCAGGGAACCGGGCCCUGAAGGCGGUGUUCGGGGGCAAACUGGCUGCCAAGGGCAAGUCCCUGACUCAGCUGCUGCAGCCCCACAGCACAGAUGAAUACAGGAUUCUUGUGGACAUGCGAUGGAACAAGCAGUACCUGGACAUUUUAGCCAACAAGUGCAACUUUGAGGACGAGGAACGAUACACAGAGUUCCUUGAGGCCCUGAAUGCAGUCGCCAACAGGAUUGUUCUGAUGACGGACAGAGAGGAGAGGUCGGUCAUCUGCACCUGUGCCAUCAACCUGUCGGCUCAGAGCUCCGCCCUGAGGAUCGCCACAGCCUUCAGUAAAGGCACUGUGGACAUCGGUCACCUGCCCCACCCAGUGCUCAUGCACCUGCGCACCUUCUUCGACCUGUGGGACUCCUUCACCCUGCAGGCGGUGCAGAGCGGACAGCCCUACAUCUCAGACCACAUCAUGUUCGAGAUCCUGCAGCUGCUGCAGUGGCUGGACCGUUUCUGGGACGUGUGCAGCACGCUGCCGGCCGACUCUCAGGGCAUCUCGGUGCUGUCUCUUCACUGGCAGUGGGUGCAGAAACACCUGAUCCUCCGCCUGCCCCACCUGCUGCUGGGAGACGCCGACACCCUGCCAGAAAGUCAGCAGGAGCUCCAGGCCGUGUCAGCAGCCAUCCAGACGGUCCUCUCCACCCCGCUGUCUGUGGCCACGGCUCUGAAGGGCGUGCAGAAAACUUUAGGAAAACCUCUGCCAUUCAAGCUGGAGUCGGUGGCGGAGUGUGCAUCCCGGCUCAGGUUCCUGAGUAAAGCCCUGGAUGUGAGCGACCUGAGGCUGGACGACAGCAUCGCGCCCUGGAGGCAGGAGCUGGUCCGACUGCACGGCGCCGGGCUGGGGCUGGACCUCAAGGAGAGUCUGCUGGAGGCCUGUGGGCUGGUGCUGCUGGCCAACAACCAGCUGGACCCACACAAGUCUGGAGUGUUGGAGAGGUUGGUGUCGAGUGUGGAGCAGCAGCAGCGUCACAUGACCUCCAAAGGGCUGCUGGAGGUGUGCUCCCUGCCUGAGGGGGAGGAGCCUGAGGAGGGGGUGCACCUGGCCAGGGAAGAGCUGCAGCAGCUGAGCCGCAGGGCCCAGCUGUGGCCCCUGAUGGAGGGGCUGGCGAUCCUCAACCAGCUGCGCCUCAGCACCGACCUGCUGCACCUGGCUCUGGCUCCUGGUGACCAGGAGGCGGAGGCCAGCCUACGCAGAGAGCUCUCCAGACAUCUGCGCUACUGCCUGCAGUCCACCCCCAUGAACGUGAGCCAGCUGCAGCCUCUGUGGUUCCUGCUCAGCAGCGACAGGCCAGCUGAAGAGCUGCAGUUUGUUUGGUGUGAGCUGCUGUCAGAGGCUCUGGGCGCUCUGUGGACCAGCAGUGUGACCUCUGACCCCGACCUCUGGCUGAAAUGGGCCCCACUGAGCCCCAAGACCAAGACAGCUCCAAAGCUGCAGCACGGAGCAAAGAACAUGGGACCAGCCUUGCUGAGUAAAGCCGUGUGGUCCUAUUGCAUGCUGGGAGUUCUCUGCAGCAGUGAGACUGGAGGUGCAUGGGAACCGUCAGGAGCAGCCCUCCUCUCCCUGUCCCAUGUCACCCUGGGGGAGUGGAAGGAGAGGAUCCAGCAGCUGCAGGACGUGUCUGCUGUGCUGUGGGACAACAUGGCCAUCCCUGCUCUGGCUGAGUUCAGGGGCACAGACUUCCGUCUCCAGGGGGCUGUGCUGCGCCGCCAGCUGCAGAGCAUGGCGGACCUGCUGCCCCCCAGCCUGCAGGAGGGCUUCAUGGAGAGCUGCGAGAGCCUGGUGGAGGACUUGGACCCUCUGAUAGCGGCCCAGGAGAUCCAGACCGUCUUCAGGGACUUCCUGCCCCCCAACGUGCUCCCUGACGGCCUGCUGGAGGCCUGCAGCGCCUGCCUUCAGCAGUACGUCCAGAGCAAGGUCCAAGGCUCCAACCAGCCCGCCCAGUCCGGAGUGUUCUGGGUCAACAUGGGCCUGCUGCAGAUCAAAGCCUGGACCCCACAGACCAUCUUUGACCCGGCUGUGAAGAGGGCCUACAAACUCAACUACGCCCAGCAGGAGCUGGCUGUGCUGCAGGAGGAGUGGAGGGGCCGCAGCCUGUCCUCUCAGCUGAUGACCGGAGCGGAGCUGGAGGAGAGCAGCACUACUGACGGCUUCCAGCACCCUCGCAUCAGGUACCUGUGGAUCCGAAUGCAGCAGGUGAAGGAGCAGAUCGCGGAGCUCUCCAGGAAGCAGGCCUGCCGCCCUCAUGACCCGCAGUACGGCCGCCUCUUCCAGGAGCUGCAGCACUACCUGUGCAGCAUCGGCCAGACGUCAGCAGUGAAGGAGCUGCUGUCCCGUCUGCUGAAGGCUCUGCAGGGCCCCUCCUCCUCCAAGUCCAGGUCAGCCAUCCAGGGCCUGCUGAAGGAGGAGGCUGUGUGGCAGAACUCCCAGCAGCGCUUCUGCCAGAGGCUGCAGGAGGAUUACCCCCUGUACCCCGACGUGGUGGGGCCGCUGCGGACCGGCAUCCUGCAGCUCCGUCACGGGAUGAGGCUGGUGGCCUCCCAGGUGGCCGCCUCGCUCACGCCUGUUCCCGGUCUGCCUAAGCUGGUGUCCUGCCUGCUGGCCUUCCCCUCCCUGUCCCCCAGCCUGCCCUCCUACCUGGCCCGGGCCGACUUCCUCUGCUCCAGAUCCUGCAUGGACAUCUUGCGCUGUGUGGGGAAACUCCUCCCGCAGCAGGACUCUGAGCAGGUGGUGCCCCGGUCCUCCACGCUGCUUCUGAAUGCUCUGCUGUACGUGCAGUGCCACACCCUGUCCACCGGGGAGUUCAGCUCCGAGUCCCGCAGCCUCUUCAGACACAUCUGUCAGGCUCUGGUGAACGAGUGGGACGAACAGGAGAGACUAAAGAGGGAGAAGGAGCAGAUGGAGGCCAGUCUGUAUCGUAACCGCAGCCGACUGCACGGAUCAGGACUGACUGAGGACGAGCAGGAGGAGAGAGACUUCAAACAGCAGUUCCCUCAGUUCAACAAGGACUUUGCAGACAUCAUGGCCCUGCCGAGUCUGGAGGGUCCAUCAGACUCAGAGCGUCAGGAGGAGGAGGAGGGAGUCCAGGAGGAGUCCAGUGAGGGCAGCUUCCUGUCUGUGGCUGCCAUGAACACAGUGCUGAAGGUCCAUCAGCGCCUCUCUCUGGGACACGCCCGAUCACUGUGGUACAAGGGCACAACACCAGCCAAUCACAGCAGAGAACACAUCAUAGCCUUGGUCUCCUCCUACCAGAUUGCUUCCCCUAUGAUGUCCCGCUUCUAUCAUCUGAUUGAUGCUGAGAUCGACCAGCAGCUCACAGGCAGUGAGCUGCUGCUGUCUGCCCUCCUGCAGAACACAGUGCAGGGCUCCGGGGGCCCCGAUGGCCUGUCAGUCACCUCAGAGGGAGCCUACGACUUCUACCAGCAGCCCAACAUGAGCGAGGCCCGUCUGUGUCUCCCUGUCCUGCUGCAGCUGGGUGUGGCGGUGAAGCAGAGGCUGGAGGACUGGCCCGAGCACCCCGCUCUCGUACAGCUGUCGGUGGUGAUAGAGAGGAUCCAGACCUUCACUCUGGCCAGCCCAUUGGCCAAGUUCCUCAACGGUCUGGAGAUCCUGCUCAGUAAAGCUCAGGACUGGGAGAAUAACGCCAGCCGCUCAGUCUCUCUGCGUAAGGAACUGGAAGCAGUCACCCAGCUCAUCAUCCAGUGGCGCAAACUGGAGCUCAGUUUCUGGUCGAGCAGUCUGGACAACGCUUUGAAGCGGCACACUGAGAGAUCCACCAAACACUGGUUCUCCAUCUACCAGCUGGUGGAGAGGUACCUGGAGGAGCAGAAGCAGGAUGCUGAGAAAGGUGAGGAGGAGGUGGAGCGCCUCUCCCUGUCCUCGGUGUGCUCCACCCUCCAGGCCUUCAUGGAGGGCUCCACCCUGGGACAGUUCCACACCCGCCUGGACACGCUGCUCAGCUUCCACUGCCACCUGCUGCUGCUGGACCCCCAGCAGCCGAGACAAGAGCCAUUGUCCAGUCUACUGUGGAACCUGCACAAAUACUACAGCCAGUUCUCUGACGGCAUCCAGACCAAGAUCACUUCGCUCAGGCAGCCCAUCGAGAAGGAGCUCAAGGACUUUGUCAAGAUCUCCAAAUGGAACGAUGUCAGUUUCUGGUCCAUCAAGCAGUCAGUGGACAAGACGCAUCGGACUCUCUUCAAGUUUGUGAAGAAGUUCGAGGCGGCUCUGAGUGGGCCGAGUGCCCCCUCUCUGGUGGAGGAGGGGAGCAGUGCCAGCCUGGACAGUGUGGAUGCUAACCCAGAGGAGACCCCCCUCCAUCGGGUCCACAAGGCUCUGAAGAACACCCUGCCUGGGAAGGGCCGAGAUCUGCAGCUCGAGGGCCCAGAAGAAGGUGUGGAGGCCUCCUCUCUGCAGGGCCGCCUGCCGGCUCUGACCCGGAAGAUGAAGAAGCUGUGCGUCCAGCUGCAGAAGAAGAACCCGGCGCCGGAGCUGGCUGAAGACCUGGACUGCUUCACUGGUGAGGUGAUCAGCAACCUGCAGGACUUGCAGAACCUGACCGUGGACAUGACGGCAGAGAAGGAGAAGCAGAAGUCUGAAGUGAAGCACAUCCUGCAGCAGAAGCAGAGAGCUCUGUCUGAACUGUUCAAGAUGCUCGCAGGAAUAGGUCUGUCGUACCGUAAAGGCCUGCUGUGGAACCGGACCGUCGACCCAGAGAGGAACCUGUGUAUGCAGCCGCUGGAGAUGACCACCGCUCUGUCUGCUGUCAGGAACCAGGAGCAGGCUGAGAGCAUGUUGUUCACAGAGCUGCUGGCAGCCUGGGAUGGAUGUCAGAAGUACUUCUACCGCUCCUGGGCGAGGAGGAGCGCCAUGCUGACGGCUCUGCAAAGCGCUGCCAAGGAGCUGGGUGUGGGGAACAUCGACCGCUGCAGAGGCUUCUCCUCUCACCUCUUCAAGCUGCUCCUCCAGCAGAGGCAGCGCCUGGCCGGGCUGACGGAGCAGUGGCUCCACCUCAGGAGGCUGACAGACAGUGUUCAGGGCCUUAAGGCCGACCUGCAGGGCCACAGUGAGGCCCCCGGCUGCACCCUGCCCCCCCAGGCCUCCCUCAGAGAGUGGGUGGGCCGGGGCCAGGCGCUGGCCGCUCAGUGCUCCACCCUCCUGCAGCAGCUGGCCUGGCUGCUGCAGUGCUGCCCCGAGGACCUCCAGCAGAAGGAGGAGGUGGGGGGUGGCAGGCAGCUCACCCUGAGGUGCCCCUCCCCACUGGCCACUCAGCGCCAACCCCCUGGCUGUCUGCUGCGGAGAGGAGACCCCGCCUGGAGCCAGCUGAACCAGAGCAUGAACCUGAUGCUGAAGCAGACUCAGGACCUGAAGGUGGAGCUGGACGGGGUCGCUCAGCAGACCUCUGAGAGACAGCUGCACUCACGGGAACACUUUCUCACAUGCUGCUCAGCCUUCGAUCAGCUGGCAGAGGUGGCGGCUCAGAUGCCCAGUGUGGAGCAGCUGUUCACCCCCACCCUGGGUGUGGGGGGUGCAGACAGCCAGCCCGCCAUCACCCAGAGCCUGCAGUACGUCAGAGGACAGGUGGAGGCCAACAUCAGCGAGUUCACCACCUGGAAGACCCAGCUGCUGUCUCUGGGACCCCAGCCCUCAGAUCACCAGACGGCUUUCUGUACGGAGUUCUCUGCUGAGCUGGAGACUCACAUCAACACAGUGCUGUGUGCUGUCCAGGCGCUGGUGAAGAGGAGGGAGAGAGAGCAGCCUGGAGAAGUGAAGACAGAGGGUGCUGAGGAGGAGGAGAAAGGGGAUGAACAGCCUGUGGAGGACCUGCUGAAGCCGGGUCACCUGACUCUGCUGCUGGAGGGGGAGCUGGAGGCCGAGGUGGGGGCUCUGAGUCUGGGAGAGGUCAGCGCAGGGCUGGAGAGGCUGCUGGACCUCCUGAAGACCCACAGAGACUCCUGCCAGCCCCUGCAGCUCCAGGAGGUGGACAGAGCGGUCAGGAUGCUGGUGCAGCUGGAGCCGCUGCUGGGGGUGUACUCGGACACGGUGCGCUCCUACAUGGCUGUGUGUCUGGGGGCUCACAGGAGCACCGGCAAGCUGCUGUCAGUGCUGGCCAACAUCUUCAGCGAGCUCGCUCAGAAGGGUUUCUGCCUGCCUCAGGAGCUGAUGGCUGGUGGAGAUGGAGAAGGAGCCACGGAGUUCCACGAGAAUGAGGGCGGAGGAAUAGGAGAGGGAGAGGGCUCCAAAGACGUCAGCGACAAGAUCGAGAAUGAGGAUCAGGUGGAGGACACUCUGCAGGAGGGUCAGGAGAAGGAGGAGGAGCAGGAGAAAGGGAAUAUCAAGGCGGAGGACAACGCCAUCGAGAUGUCAGAUGACUUUGAUGGCCAGAUGCAUGAUGGGGAUGAGAAUGAAGCAGGUGAAGAUGAGGACUCGGGGAAAGAGGAGGACCAGGAUCUGGAUAAGAAGAUGGGUGACCUGGGGGAAGGACAGACAGAUACUCUGGAUGAGAGGAUGUGGGGGGAUGAUGAUGAUGAUGAUGAGGAGGAGGAAGGAAGUGACAAGGAGGAAGAGUCGGGCCAGGGCAUGGAUGAGGGAGAAUCUGAGAUGGUUGCUAACGACGACAACUUGGAUUCUGCAGACCCCAACAAAGACAAGAAGAAGCAGGACAAAGAGGAACAGAUGGACGUGGAGGAGAAAGAAAAGAUCAAUGAACAAGGAGAUGAGCGUGAGUUUGAUGAGAAUGAAGUGGACCCCUACCACGGUCAGAAGGACAAGAGGCCGGACCCCGAGGCCAUGGAUCUGCCUGAGGACCUGAACCUGGACCAGGAUGAAGAGGCUGGAGGCGAGGGAGAGGAGGAGAAUCCAUUUGACAUUGAUGAGAAGUCAACGGCCCUGGAUGAGAAGGAGGACGGACAGAAAGAGGGAGAGGAGGAGGAGGAGGAGGAAGGAGCUGAAAAGAUGGAGGAGGAGCAGACAGAGCUGCCAGGAGAAGAAAACGGUCAGGAGCUCAAGACUGAAGAGGAGGAGCAGGAGGGGGGAGGAGGAGAGAAGGCUGAGGGAGACGAAGAGUCUGCUGAGAAAAAUGAAGAAGAAGAGGAGAAGGAGAAAGGAGAGGAGGCAGGAAGAGACGAAGAUCUGAGUGUUCCAAAUGACGAAGGACAAAAAGCAAAGGAGGAGGAGGAAGGAGCAGGGGAGGAUGAGGAGCAGCCGGAGUCAGCGGAGAGGAAGGAGCACAACACGGAGGGUCAGACCGGAGAGCAGAACGUCCAGAGCGACACGGCCGUGGAGCUGGGGGGGGAGGCCUCCGAGAGAGAGCAGGCCAAAGAGGAGCACGGGACUGGUUCUGCUGAUGCCAGCCAAUCAGAGGGCCACCAGUCCAAGCUGACAGCCAGGAUGGCCUCACAGAAACAGACCCAGAACAAGACCCAGAGCUUCAAGAGGAAACCCGGUCAGGCGGACAACGAGCGCUCGACGGGCGACUACAACGAGCGAAUCAACAAGCGGCUGCGCACGGUGGAGAGCAGCAAGGAACGCAGCGAGGAGAGGAAGCAGUGCGACGCCCAGCAGGAGUCAGACCUGUACGAGCACAUCCAGCAGGGGGAGAGCGCCUACGACAAGCAGACAUACGAUGUUGCCAGUGCAGACCAGCAGAAAGCAGCAGGCCCUCAUAAGGACCAGGAUGAAGAUCAGAACGAUGAGGAUGUUGCCAUGGAAACAGAUAAGCAGGAAGAGGAUCUCCAGGCUGCUGAGGUCCAGGAGCUGAAGCCCGAGCAGCUGGACUCCACCAAGGCCUCCCAGAAAGGUGCAGACAGUGGGGAGAUGGAGGUGCAGAAGCAGGGAGAGGAGGAUGAUGAAGAGAGAUGGAAGGACCGACAGAAACCCAGAGAAGAAGAGCGGGGAGACAGACGGACUGAAUCCACGAUUCACACGGUGCCCGAGCUGCUGAUGGACACCAUGCAGAAGGAAGAGAGGGACCCGGAGGAGAUGAGGAGGGAGAUGGAGCUGCAGCUGGAGGCCUGGCAUCAGCUGGCUCCAGGCACUCAGGAGGAGGAGAGUGCAGCAGCCUCCAUGUGGCACCAGUACCAGACCCUGACCUCGGCUCUGUCUCAGCAGCUGUGUGAGCAGCUGCGCCUCAUCCUGGAGCCCACGAAGGCCGCCAAACUCAAGGGGGACUACCGCACAGGGAAGCGUCUGAACAUGAGGAAGGUGAUCCCCUACAUCGCCAGUCAGUUCCGGAAAGACAAGAUCUGGCUGCGGAGGACGAAGCCCAGCAAGAGGGAGUACCAGAUCUGCCUGGCCGUGGACGACUCCUCCAGCAUGGUGGACAACCACUCCAAACAGCUGGCGUUUGAAUCCCUGUCAGUGAUCACCAACGCUCUCACUCUGCUGGAGGCGGGACAGGUGUCUGUGUGCAGUUUUGGCGAGCAGGUGCAGCUGCUCCACCCGUUCCAGCAGCAGUUCAACGACCAGUCCGGAGCCCGCAUCCUGCGCCUCUGCCAGUUCCAGCAGAAGAAGACCCGGAUAGCACAGUUCUUGGACACCUCAACACAAAUGUUCCUAGCAGCACGACAGCAGGUUCCUGGAUCUGUAAGCUCAGAGACGGCCCAGCUGCUGGUGAUUGUGUCUGACGGCCGGGGACUGUUCCUGGAGGGGAAGGAGCGGGUGAUGGCGGCGGUGCGGGCGGCUCGCAGCGCUAACGUGUUCAUCAUCUUCGUGGUGCUCGACAACCCCAACUCACGGGACUCCAUCCUGGACAUCAAGGUGCCCAUCUUCGGAGGGCCGGGGGAGCUGCCGGAGAUCCGCUCCUACAUGGAGGAGUUCCCCUUCCCCUUCUACGUCAUCCUGCGAGACGUCAACGCUCUGCCGGAGACCCUCAGCGACGCGCUCAGACAGUGGUUCGAACUGGUCACCGCAGCCGAGCAGUAGACCAAUGAGAAGCCAUCUUUCACAGGACAGGAAGCAACUGCACAACAAAAAACGACUGACUCAAAAAAAAGACUGACGUGCCACUGUACAUGUGCCUUUAUUUUCUUAUUUUUACUGUAGAUUUGAGAAGAGUUUGAUAGCAACCUUUACCGUUAGUAUUUGUUAUCAGGGCAAUUUCUUUGUAAUGUAAUGAGGAUUGCUUUAACUUGCACGUCUGAGAUGAAAAUGUGAUUCCCGUUGGUGUGAAACACUUGAGUGAAGAGUCAGUAAAUACCGCCGUCUCCCUUGUACUAUAGACCUGGACUCAUGUCUGUGUGGAUGUUCUAGUCAGUGUUAUGAAGGUCAUCUCAUCAUCAUCAUCUUCAGUGUGAACAGCAACAUUUGGAGAGCUGCUGAUUCCUAACUAUGUAGCAUGUUGGUCAGGAACUGCAUUCAAAGGAAAUGUGCCUUGUAGAGAGGAAUGGUUUAGCAUCUUACUAAACGUCUGAAUCAGCUGUCGGGUGAUGGAUCAGAGGUGCAGUCCGGUCAGGAUUUUAAUAAAUGAAUCUGUCUACGCUUUGAAGCACCAGGACUGCAAUGAAUGCCCGGUUUAAAGACUCAUAUCUGUUGAUCUUCCAUCCAUACUCGGUGACUCGUGAGGCUCAUCACUAGUAGUUGUUGAUGAAAUGUGCAUAUAAAUGUUUAUUAUCACCUCUGUGCUUCGUACAUGGACUGACAUGUAAGGACACAUUGGUCGUCUUCAAUCACAUCUGUUCUACAAUGACAAUAAAGCGUUUACCAGUUUGCUCUGUC